AUGUUGCUGGUCGCUACAUGGCUAGCCCUGACUGUCGUUGUGUGGGCAUUUCCGGUGGCUAGCGGAAGCAAAAUUAGUGGCCGCUGGUCGCGAAUAUCGAGAUUGGUUCCAUUGAGAGUGAACCCAUACCAGCCAUCUACCUUCACAUGUUAUGUUGAGGGUAUCCCACUUCCCGAUGCAUCCUCAGUUGAUCUUUACAGACAGACUGGAAGCACCUAUGACAGGACAGGAAUCACCAGGAGAUCAAGCACUGUCUCAGGGUCAGAACGAGCUGUUGUCUUUGAUGUGGAUAGUGUGUAUCCACAGGAAGAUGGGGGAUACGAGUGUACUCUUAUUGUUGAAUAUACAGGUUACCCCAGUGCGCUUAUUACCAACGCAACCUAUGUUCUGCCAGUCAUUGAGAAAGCACCAGUGAUAGUGAGCACUACGUCAACUACAAUUGGUCUUCGAUGGAAUGCAUGGUCUGAAGAAGAUGACGUAGGUGAUCCUCCUCUGGUAGGAUAUGAUGUCUUUGUAAAGAAGGAUGGUGACUGGGUAACGGAUCAGAGAGUAGACCAACCCACAACAUCAGCCAUCGUUAUUAACCUGACACCCGACACAGAUUACAGGUUUCGUGUAGCAGCAGUGAGGGAAGGUACAGGUGGAACAGGACCCGAUUCUUCUAGGAACGACACUGUAACUCUCUGUAGAAAACCCAGUGCUUCUCCAACUGGACUACUAGUUUCAGCCAUCAACCCUAAAGAGCUAGAGGUGACGUGGGAGCACCUCCCCUCGGAAUCAGCAGACUGCAGGAGUGGAGUGACCCAUUAUAUGAUCUACUACGCUCCCUCUGGUUCAACUUCUUCAAACUCUAUCUUGGUUUCUCGCGACAACAGCUCCUAUGUGAUAAGAGGGUUAGAAACCUAUCUGGACUAUACCGUCCAAAUGACUGCAUCAAAUAAAGACGAGGAGAGUGACAGGAGCAGUGAGAGUAUUGGCAAAACAAUUGAAGAAGUUGCACCUAGUCCUAUCAAUGUGGCUAUACCUCAGAGUACUACAAGUUCCUUCACUGUUUACUGGUCUACCCCUCUACCAUCUAACACCAAUGGUAACAUCCAGAAGUAUAUCAUCCGCUACCAGCAAACUGAUCCCGUUGUUGAUGGUGACUAUAAGAUGGAGGAAGUAUUGAACGGUGCGUUUGAAGGAGAGCAUACUGUGGUAGACCUGACAGCAAAAUCCAACUACUCAGUUCAGGUACAGACUGUUAAUGGAGCUGGUUCCAGUAAUUGGUCAGAACCUGUGAAUGCUAAGACGGUACAAUCAGGUGGCCCUCCCAGUGCAUCGAUAGGACCGAUAGUAGGGGGUGCCAUGGCUGCCCUCUUUAUUAUCAUCCUGGUCAUUAUUCUCGUCCUUGUCAUCUUUAGAAGGAUCAAACAAAGACGUUUAAAAGCUGAACCAGCCGCGUCCCCACCAAACAAUACACGUGAGACCUCAUCAAAGUAUGAGAACCCUGUAUUUGAUGACUCCAACCAAGACCCCAAUACAUACGAAGACUUGAAUGCUGAUACCCAUGCCUACCAAGAUCUCAAUACAGAUACCCCAAACUACCAGAAUAUUACCGACCCCCAUACGUAUCAAGAUCUAAAGAAACCCAACACCGACGUUACCUAUCUAGAAGCCAUAACAUCAGAUCCGGGAGACACUUACGAAGAAAUAUAG